CAGAGUUCCAGAGAAUGCUUGGAAAAUAGUUAAGGUCUAUGCCUGUAUGUCAGAAGUCUUAGGAAUAACAGAUGACAACCAUGUUCUAGAAACAUUCAUGACAAAAAUUGUUACAAACCUGAAGUACUGGGGAAGAUGUGAGCCUGUAAUUACAAGGACUCUUCAGUUCCUAAAUGACCUUUCAGUUGGCUAUAUCCUUUUAAAAAAACUGGUGAAAAUAGAUGCUGUGAAAUUCAUGCUAAAAAACCACACGAGUGAACACUUCCCAUUUCUUGGCAUCAGUGAUACUUACAGUCUCAAUGACUUCAGGUGCCGAACAACCUUCUACACAGCCCUCACUCGCCUUCUGAAAGUAGAUCUAGGUGAAGAUGAGGAUGAAUUUGAGAAUUUUAUGCUGCCUCUCACAGUGUCUUUUGAAACAGUUUUGCAAAUAUUCAACAACAACUUUAAACAAGAAGAAGUGAAGCGUAUGUUGAUCGGGCUGGCAAGAGAUCUUCGAGGGAUUGCCUUUGCACUGAACACAAAGACCAGCUACACCAUGCUGUUUGACUGGAUGUAUCCAGCAUAUCUCCCAGUUCUUCAGAGAGCUAUUGAGCGAUGGUAUGGAGAACCAGCAUGUACUACUCCUAUCUUAAAACUUUUGGCAGAACUGAUGCAAAACAGGUCUCAGCGUUUGAAUUUUGAUGUAUCCUCUCCUAACGGAAUUCUUCUCUUCAGAGAAGCGAGCAAAAUGAUUUGCACUUACGGAAAUCAGAUCCUGACUCUUGGGAGUCUCUCAAAAGAUCAGAUUUAUCCAAUGAAACUCAAGGGCAUCUCCAUCUGCUAUUCAGCUCUCAAAUCUGCCUUAUGUGGAAAUUAUGUCAGCUUUGGCGUCUUCAAGUUGUAUGGGGACAGCCAUUUUGACAAUGUACUCCAGGCCUUUGUGAAAAUGCUGCUGUCAGUGUCCCACAGUGACUUGCUGCAAUAUCGGAAACUGAGCCAGUCUUACUAUCCACUCCUGGAAUGUCUCACCCAGGACCACAUGAGCUUCAUCACCAACUUGGAGCCUCCUGUGCUCCUGUAUGUUCUCACAUCUCUCUCAGAAGGACUCACCACUCUAGAUACAGUCGUCUCCUCCAGCUGUUGUACGAGUUUAGACUACAUGGUCACCUACCUCUUCAAGCACAUAGCAAAGGAGGGCAAGAAGCCGCUUCGAUGCAGAGAGUCUAUGCAGGCUGGCCAGAGGCUGUUACACUUUAUGCAACAAAACCCAGAUGUGCUGCAGCAGAUGAUGUCUGUCCUUAUGAACACCAUUGUCUUUGAAGACUGUCGGAACCAGUGGUCAGUAUCCAGGCCUCUCCUGGGGCUCAUCCUGCUCAAUGAGAAGUAUUUCAAUGAGCUGAGAGCAAGCCUGAUAAACAGCCAGCCUCUCCCCAAGCAAGAAGUGCUUGCCCAGUGCUUCAGGAACUUGAUGGAAGGAGUGGAACAGAACCUGUCUGUCAAGAACAGAGACAGGUUCACACAGAACCUCUCUGUCUUCAGAAGAGAUGUGGCAGAGGCCCUGCGAAGUGAUGGCCAUGCAGAACUAUGCAGCCUGGACAUGAUGAGCUGACCUGGCUCCUGAACAUGUGCUGUGCGGCUUUUGUCAAGCGACUGCAAGGCCUGGGUCCCGGACUGCAAUGCUGGCCAGCCCAGAAGAAUGUACAAGCAACAAAAGCCCUACAUUUUUAUAAGUCUGACCUAAUUAUAAAAAUGUAUGAUAGUGCACAUACCAUGUAAAUUCAGUAUUCAAAGCAGAACAUGUUUCCAGUCUAUCUGGGUUCCCACAAUGUUGAAAGGUCUGGAAACUAUAUUUAACCAAAGAACAUAAUAAACCAAGCUAGCACCUAGUUUAUGGUUCUAAGAUCAAGGUUGUCAAUUUGAAGAUGCAGCCCUCAGUGUGGGUCCUGGGUUGAGACAAGUGCCAUUUGAACGUGUUGAAUUAGUAGUUCUUACAUCUGGAAAAUGCCCCAAUAAGGACUCUGGGCUGUGGGCAUUUAGAAGGAGCCUGGGAACGCUAUAAAACCUCCCCCAGGACUGCACAGGGGCCUCUCUGCCUCAGCAACAUCUGAUAAAGUUGAGAGACAGUAACACAAUUAAAUGACUUACAAACAAUGUUUGCUUUCCACUGGCAUAAAUCUGAAGUGGCUCAGUCUAGAAGAAUUAAGCUGUGUGGUUGCUGCCUGCAGAAAGAUGUCUUUAGGACUCUGGAAGCCCCAGUAAGGAGUUCUGGGUGCACCAGCACCUAGUCCUUUUGGUUCCAUUUAAUUGGAAGAGAGGCUGAAGAUGGCAUGUAGUAUCUGAAGUAGCUCUGCCUUCUUGGACCACCCAGAACAGUUCAGGUACUGACUGUCAGAUUCCCAGAGGAUGGAGUAGCUGCCUUCCAUCUUCCACACUCUUAACCACUGUUGGAUUGAGACUUCAUCCAAACAUAGAAAAUGAAGACCUUUACAGUUUGUGACCCAUCAUAACUAAACUAUUAAUCUGAAAUUGCCACUGUCAAACAGGCUUCCUAUCUCAGUGCUCUGUCUGUGUGGUUCAGGCUUACAAUAAACACUGUGCCAUUAUUUCUGAUAAGACAUGAAAGGUUGGCCUCACUGUUGCAGGGAAGAAAUCCACAGGCUCUUGUAAUCUCAUUUCUCCACUAGUGUUUCUUGAAACCUUUCUUGAUAGUUGAGUUUUGCAACAGGCUUGUCAUAUAAAAUUGAGUCACCUAAGUUUAUCUCAAAGUGUUUGUCUUCCAUGUGCAAAAGAGAGUCAGGGGACAUUAUGUUCUGGAUGAAACUGCUUGUGGUGUUUAAUGGCAGAUGAGCCUGAACUUAGUCCACCCCAAGCCAUUAAGAAACACAACUUCCUAGAGAAGACAAAUCCUGUACUUUGAAACAUCAGCUUUCAAAGGAGCUCGACAAGACUUUCUCUUUGUUUUUUGUUUGGUUUUUAAUUUGUUUGGUUUUGGUUUUUUUGAGAUGGAGCCUUGCUAUGUAGCCCAGGCUAGCCUGGAACUCAUUAUGAUUCUCCUCCUACAGCCUCCUCAAUGGAGGUUGACUGGCAUGGGCUACACUGCCUGGCUUCUUGGAUUUGGGGUGUUUGGGACGGGGUGGUUAUAACUGCACUCAUUUCCCAAAAUCUGCAAAUGUUUAUCCCAUUCUAGAACUGUUCCUUUGCAAAUGCCUAGGGUAUAAAAACACCAUAUUGUUUGCAUUAAAAUAUUGACAAGAAAAAGAU